AUGUCUACAAAGCAAGAAUCUCAAUAUGAAGCUGAAAAGUCAACAACUAAUCUACUGAUAACCAAUUCAGUCAAUCAUCUUGUUGAUAAAGUCAAUAUAUUAUCAGAUCAAAUAAAUCAUUGUAUGAAUAUUAGUAGCCAGUAUGCAGAUACAUUAUCAAAAUCAAUAAAUACAAAUAAUCCGCAUACAUUGUACGCUCAUAAUCGCAGUUUACAAUGCAUUAUAAGAAAACUGUUUUGUUUAAAACAGUCAAAUCAAAAUGUGAUCAAAUCAUUACAACGUUAUCAAGGUUAUAUAGAAAAGCUUAUUUUUGAUAUAUGUCAAGAGAUGAUAAGCAACAGUCAAGCAGAUAUGCUUAGAAUUAAGUGUUCAAGGCAUAAACAUGAUGGUAUCGUCCAACAGGUUGUUCGUACUGAGUGUCAACUAUUAAAAAAUUUAAAAAGAACGCUAGAAUCAAAAAUGAAACUGCUACUUCAUACAAUAAAAAAUGUAAAAUGUAUUCAGAUCAAACUAGAUGAAUGGAUAUGUGAACAUGAUAGAAUGAUAGUUCAAACAGAGAGAAUAAAUGAAAGGCAAUCAAAUUCAAUAGUGUUGGAAAAGCAAGUUGAAACAUUGAAUGAUUCAUAUUCAACAUCAAUGAAUUUUAACAAAAUUUUAAAAACUAUUGAAUUUACUGUUUCACAUGCCAAUAGAUUACAGUUUGAUUUACUGUGUACAUUUGAAAGAAUUCAACAUUUCCUGAAUGGUACUAGAAAAUCAGUGUAUUAUGCUUUGACUGAAGAUUGCUCAUUUCUAGUUAGACAAAUGCACCAGUUGUUUAUAUCCAAUUUAAAACAAAAAAUGGCUCACAAUCGAAAUUUAAAAAUGAUGAAUCAGAUAAUGGGUCAAACACCUAAUAAAUCAAAUGAGAAAGUUAUGAAAAAAUUAUUAGCAAAUAAUGAACAAUUACAAACAGUUCGACGUGAAUUAUCUCUACAGUAUGAUCAUUUAAAUCAAUACAUGCAAGCGGAUCUAGAAACUCUACGAAGUCGACGUAGACAACAAACUGAACACUUGAUAAAAUCAAAUGGUGCUGAAAUGAGUUUAAUAAUAACUCGAAUAAAUCCUCAACAGCAUAGAAUAUAAAAAGCAGA